GACUGAGAGAGACAGAGACUGUCCCUGGGGAGGACGGACAGACUGAGAGCUCCAGGACCACAGACAUUGAGAGUUGCUAGCUUUGCAGUGACUACUGGCAGCCAUGGACGCAGGCCAGGAUCGUGUCAUAGCCCUGGUGGACAUGGACUGUUUUUAUGUGCAGGUAGAGCAAAGACUGAAUCCGGAGCUAAAGAAUAAACCAGUAGCUGUAGUGCAGUACAAAACCUGGAAAGGAGGCGGCAUUAUAGCUGUAAGCUAUGAAGCGCGAGCUUUUGGGGUAACCAGGAACAUGUUUGCUGACGAUGCCAAGAAGCUGUGUGCUGACCUUCAACUUGCCCGGGUCAGUGAAGCCCAUGGGAAAGCGGAUCUCACAAAGUAUCGGGAGGCGAGUGUAGAAGUGAUGGAGGUCAUGUCUCGCUUUGCAGUAGUAGAGCGUGCCAGUAUUGACGAGGCCUACAUUGAUUUGACGAACACUGCGAAGAAAAGACUUCAAGAGAUGGGAAUUGAAUCUCUAUCAGAGCAGCUUCUGCCAAGCACUCAUGUCCAGGGUUACCCUCAAUUCUGCACCGGAUCCAAAUGUACUGAGCUACCAAAAGAGGAGCAGCGACGGAGUGGUGUGGAGCAGUGGCUGGCAUCUAUUCCUGUGCCGGAUGAACGAAGCCCGGAGAUGCUGCUCACUGUGGGAGCUCUUAUUGUGGAGGAGAUGAGGGAAGCCGUGGAGAAAGAGACUGGCUUUCAAUGCUCUGCUGGAAUCUCGAAUAAUAAAGUACUGGCCAAGCUGGCCUGUGGUUUAAACAAACCCAACCGGCAAACCAUUUUACCCUUGGGCUCGGUGUCUGAACUUUUCAACCAACUGCCCAUUAGCAAAAUCCGAAACCUUGGAGGAAAGCUGGGCUCAUCCAUCAAGGAGAUCCUCGGUGUGGAGAACAUGGGUCAGCUCACCCAGUUCAGCAAGUCGCAUUUACAAAGUCAUUUUGGAGACAAAACCGGGUCAUGGCUCUAUUAUCUGUGCCGAGGGAUUGAGGAUGAGCCUGUUAAGCCAAGACAGUUACCAAAGUCUAUUGGAUGCAGCAAAACUUUUCCAGGGAAAACUGCGCUGUCAACGCGUGAGCAGGUCCAGUAUUGGCUGCUACAACUGUCCACCGAGUUGGAAGAGCGAUUACAAAAAGACAGAGAUAUGAACAGUAGAGUGGCCAAGCUUCUGACAGUGGGCAUCCAUCGGCAGGGAGACCCUCGUUACAGCAGUAUGUCUCGGUGCUGUGCCCUUACUCGUUAUGAUGCUCAGAAGAUCAGCAACGAUGCAUUUAUUCUUCUAAAGAGCUUCAACACUGCCGGGACACACCAAGAAGCAUGGUUUCCUCCACUAAUGAUGCUUCAGCUCUCAGCCAGCAAAUUUACUGGGGCCACCUCCUCUGCUGGUGGAAUUGUGUGUUUCUUUAAUAGAGAUGGGCCUAGCACUCAGAAAGAACUAGUUCCACCAAGCAGCCCCAAACCACCUCAAAAAUCUGAGCUGCCCGGUGCAGUUAGAACAUCCAAUGCCAUCCAGCUUCUGUUCCAACGGGCACUGGACAAAAAGAGAGUCAGCCAAGGGGAUCAGCUUCCUUCAGCCAGUGGGACAGAUCCUUGCGAUUCCCCCAUUAAACAAGAAAGACAUCAUGAAUACUUUCAGCAGUCACCUGUCCCUUACUGUGCUAGAUCUUCACCCAGAACACCUGCUAAUGGUGCAGACCUAGAGGGGGAUUAUAGUGAGCAGAUGGCCGGAUGUAAUUUGCAGCCAGUGAUAGUUGAAUCUGACCAGACUGAGGUAUUUCCAUCAUCUCACAGUAAGGAAGACUUAUUGAACUGUGAGAAAUGUGCCCUCCUCUUACCAGUGUGGGACAUCCCAGAGCACAUGGAUUAUCACUUUGCUCAGGAAUUGCAGAACUCCUUUUCAAACACAUCCAGCCCUGCACAAUCCAUCCCCUUGCCCAGCCUGGCACGUACACCCACAGGCCGUCCAAAGAAUAAACCCAAGCACCAGCUGGUGUCUAGUGCCAAGCGUCCUCGAAGUGAGGGAACCAGAACUCUAGACUCAUUCUUCAAAAAACUUGGUCCAUGAAAGCACAGAUCCUUCAGUAUAUUUAGUGGUUCUAUGAUGGUCUGCCUGCCCGAAUUUAGUCCUCCCAAUCCUGGUUGUAGCCUUUCACCCUUGUUUGGAAAAUCAGACAUUGACCAUUGAAAAUGUGACAUGUGUUGGCUGCUCACUUGUGUGAACACAAAUAAUCAUGCAAAAAAAUACCAAGGAUUUUUAUAAUGGAGACAUGAUUACUGCUUCUGAUAUACAUUAAAUAUUUGUAUGGUUGCCUUUA